AUGGAGUCGCCGAACAAAAACAAGGACUUGCUCAACAUCGAUUCCGGCAACAGCGAUAACUUUUACCGAUACAAGAUGCCCAAGAUGAUCACCAAGAUCGAGGGCCGCGGAAACGGAAUCAAGACCAACAUUGUCAACAUGGUCGACAUCGCCAAGGCUCUGGCGAGGCCGCCGUCGUAUCCGACCAAGUAUUUCGGUACUCAGCUCGGAGCCAUAUCCAAAUUCAUCGAGAAAACCGGAACUUCACAGGUUAAUGGAUCUCAUGAGACUGCUAAACUGGCUGGACUUCUUGAAGUGUUCAUCAAGAAGUAUGUCCAGUGUUACUAUUGCAAGAACCCGGAGACGGAUAUCAUCGUUACCAAGAGUCAGAUGGUCCAGCUGCAAUGUAAGGCUUGUGGAAACAUCUCUUAUGUGGACAUGAGGGAUAAGCUCACUACCUUCAUCCUGAAGAAUCCGCCCAAGGCCGAAAAGGGAUCAUUCCGGAGAGCUGAACAAGAGCGUUUGAAUGAAGGGGAGUCUGCAGAUUUGGAGCAGAAAAAGAUGAAGAAAGACUCAAAGAAGAAGAUGGUUCCCUCCAGUAAUGAUGAUGAUCAUGGUUCAUCAUCUAGAGGCCGUAUGAAUGACGAAGACGACGAUGAUGAUGUUGAGUGGCAAAUAGACACAUCAUCGAAGGCUGCUAAACUUACUAUCAAAGAACAGUUGAAUACAGUAACUGCUGAUAUGGUUAUGCUUACAACUGAUGAGGGAACAGAUCGCAAGUCAAAGGCAGCAGAUAAUAAUAAACCUCGUGGAGGCCGCCAGAAAGCUACUUCACCUGAGAAGAUUCUUCAGGAUGUAAAAGCGAUUUUGAAGAAGGGAGUUGCUUCUGCAGACCAACUGAAGUCGGCGUUAGCAUCCGUAUCCGGUUCCCCUCAGGAAGUAAUGUCUGCUCUAUUCGAGGCCCUUCUUGAUGGUGUGAAGAAGGUUUUCCGAAAAGAGGUUCUGAAGAAAAGGAUUACUUUGCUGUUGCUGUUUCCCAGGAUGAAAAUGGACAGUUGCUACUUCUUCAUGCAAUUGAGGAGUUCUUUUGAAGCUGAACAACUCAGCUGCCGUGAAGGAAGUUGCGUUGGUUCUGAAAGCCUUGUACGAUGA